GCUGCUGGAAGGGCGGGCGGGCGGCGCGCACGCGCGGUGGCGGCGGCGGGAGGCGGCGGCGGCGGCGGCGCGCGCGGGGAUUUUGCUGCGUCACCACGGGGCCGAGCGCGCGCGGGGCAUUGUGGGAGCGAGGCCGCGCCGAGCCCCCGAGCCCGCCCGGAGCCACCGGAGCCUCCACCGGGAACCCACCGGGAACCCACCGGGAACCCACCGGGGACACACCGGGAACCCACCGGGAACCCGCCCGGCACCGCCUCUCCACACGCAGCUGCUGCAGCAACCCCGCCGGAGCCGCCGCCAUCCGCCAUGCAGCCUGCCUCUGCAAAGUGGUACGACCGGAGGGACUACGUCUUCAUCGAGUUCUGCGUUGAGGACAGCAAAGACGUAAAUGUAAAUUUUGAAAAGUCCAAACUCACCUUCAGUUGUCUUGGAGGAAGUGAUAACUUUAAACAUUUAAAUGAAAUCGAUCUUUUUAACAAUAUCGAUCCAAAUGAAUCAAAGCAUAAAAGAACAGACAGAUCCAUCCUGUGCUGUUUACGAAAAGGAGAGUCCGGUCAGGCGUGGCCCAGGUUAACAAAAGAGAGGGCAAAGCUCAACUGGCUCAGCGUGGACUUCAACAACUGGAAAGAUUGGGAAGAUGAUUCAGAUGAAGACAUGUCCAAUUUUGAUCGCUUUUCUGAGAUGAUGAACAACAUGGGAGGAGACGACGACGUAGACUUGCCAGAAGUAGAUGGGGCAGAUGAUGACUCACCAGACAGUGACGAUGAAAAAAUGCCGGAUCUGGAGUAAGGCAAACUGUCGUCUUCAGGGUUUUGGGGGAGAAGAGAAGUUCAUCCCAACAUUUCAUAAUUGAGAUAAGAAUUCCCGAGUUGCUAGCCCUAGAGGGAGAUCCUGCAUCCUUUAACCCAUUUUCAGUCCAUUUUCAGUGGCUCCUCUGAGGGGAGGUGUGGCCCUGGCCCGGGCGCUCUCACAGCCACCACAGGCAAUAACAGUUAUGCACCAACCGUUCUCCAGACUUCCAAAAAACCCACAAAAAACCCACAAAAAACCCACAAAAAACCCCAAAAAACCACCAACCCAACCCAACUGAGGUGUGGGCAAUGCAUUGAGAGCAGUUGCAAUAAAGUUUACAGAGCCUCAUAGCGAUGGGAGAACCCUGAAUUAACACUGGUUUAAACAAAAAAAUUAUUUUUUUUU